AUGCCCGACAAGCCGCUGACCGUCGCGACCUACGCCGCCGGCGCCUCUCUCGCCGCCAUCACCCUCAUCUACGUCUUCGGCCCGACCUAUCUCAUCGACAGCGAGUCCAACUCGGCAUCCACUCGCAAAAAGGGCGUCGUUGGCCUCGCCAACCCAGCCAACGACUGCUUCAUCAACUCCGUCCUCCAGGCCCUCGCCGGGCUCACCGACCUCCGCGUCUACCUCAUCCGCGAGACUCACCGCAGAAACAUUGACGAGCCAUGGGUAUACGAGCAGCUCGUGCCCGACCCCAACCGCAAAAACACACCCGACUGGAAGAUCGAGGGCCUGCAGUCUGGACUGGUCACCAAAGGCCUCAAGGAGAUCAUUGACGCCCUCAACGAACGGCCCAUCUACAAGAAGACAAUAUCGGCGCUCGGCUUCGUGCGCGUUCUCGAGACCGCCUUCCGCCAGCGCAUCAGCCGCCAGCAGCAGGACGCCCAAGAGUUCCUUCAAGUAGUAGCCGAGCGACUAUGCGACGAGUAUCACGCUGGCCAACGAGCAAGGCGUGCUGCCAAAGCGAAAGGCGGCUUGCCAAGUACUGCCAACGGCACAGCUGUCCCCGUGGAUAGUGCGGCUGUCGAGCAGCGGCUGGCUGGGUUGGGCUUGCAAGAUGUUGCGCAGGAUCGGUCCGAGUCUGACGAGCUAAGGGAGGCUGAUACCCCACGACAGCUGGGUCAAGAGACGGGUAGCCACGGUGGGGAUGAAGAGGAAGAGGAGGGAUUCCCCAUGGAGGGGAAAUAUGAGAGCCAGAUCGAGUGCCAAAAGUGCGGCUUCAAGCCACGGCCGACACAGAGCACAUUCUGCACAUUGACACUUAAUGUGCCACAAGUCAACUCGGCGACACUCAACUCUUGCAUCGACGGCUUUUUCAAGACGGAGUAUGUCGACGAUUUCAAGUGUGAGAAGUGCCGCCUGGUGCAUGCCAAGGAGCUGUUCGAGGCCGAACUGGCACGCUCCACCGACGAAGGGUUUAUCAAGACGACGCGCGAGUCGAUUACCAAGCUGCAGCAUGCCAUCGAGAUCGACCCGGAGAUGCCGCUUGACGUGGAGCUUCCCGACACCCGUUAUGCGCCAAAGUGCAGAAUCGCGCGGCAUAUGCAAUUGACGAGGUUUCCAAAGGUCCUCGCGAUACAUCUUUCCAGGUCAAUCUACGAUGCCAGCCAUACCUCCAUGAAGAACUCGGCCAAAGUGGUAUUCCCGGAACAGCUGCCGAUGGGAGGACUGCUGUCAAGGAAAAACUACAAGCUGCUGGGAACAGUGACACACAAAGGCAGCCACCACAGCGGGCACUACGAGUCGUUCCGGCGUCAAAACCAAACUCUCCCUUUCGCCACGGCCAACGCGUUCCGCCCUUCGGGGAUUUUCACCAAGUCUGCAGCGCCCAGUCCUGCAGCCACCCCGCAGAUCCGCGCCGUCCAGCCAUCUGGUCAUCCCAGUCCUGCGGCGUCAACCCCAGAUUUGAGCUAUUCUGCAAUGCGCAAUGGCUUGCACGGGGCCCCGGAUUCACCAACGGUGAACAGGGAAUCAACUGAUACAAACAUCCCACGCUCGGCUCCCAGUAUGGGAAAUGGCCUCCCUGGCUCGAAUGCUUCUCCCCCUGGGAAGGAGCGCGACCCAGACGCCAUCAGUCUCAGGUCCGUUGCCGCGUCAGCCAAGUCGACCGUCUCGAGACUCUCCAACUCGGUCAGACACAGCCGGUCGAAUAGCCCCGCCGGCCUGGGACGGAAGGAAUCGCCGUCCCUCCUCAACGGCACCACAGCAGCUCCCUCGGCUAACAACGAUUCGGACAAGGCUACAGCUGGGUCGGUAGUUUCCAAGUCUCUUGGGCGGAAACGCAAGCACGGCGAUCGGUGGUGGCGCAUCAGCGACGAGAAGAUCAAGGAAGCCAAGACGAACGAUGUUCUGGGGAUGCAGCGGGAGGUCUACCUCUUGUUCUACGAGCUCGAACGAGAAGGAGCGCCGGAGUCCUAG